UGCGCGCCGCUCUGCGCCUCGGCGGGCUGCGUGCGUGUGUCCCUGUCCGCGCUGCCGAAACGGGCUCUUCGAGGGAUCGGCGUCACAUGACUCCGCCUGCCCCUCGCCAGCGCGCAGCUUUCCAGUCCCUCAGUUUGCCCUGCGCCGGGGGAGGGUCGAGCGGCACCGUGGUUCUGCGGAGCGGAGAAAAGGUUCCGGUGGGCAAUUGUACAUCUGGAUUCCAGAAGCCGCGGCUCAUUGCCAGAUCCCGGAGUGUAGAUAUUUGCGGGGAGGGGAGAGCGAGAAGGAGCGAGGGAGCGAGCGCCAGAGAGAGGCAGCGCGCACGGACAGGGAGCUGCUGGGUGCCGCGCGGAGAAGAUGUAAGCGCGUGGGGUCUAGCUGGCCUCCGAGCACCAUGCAGAAGGGGAUCCGGCUGAACGAUGGCCACGUCGCGUCCCUAGGACUGCUAGCGCGCAAGGACGGCACGCGCAAAGGCUACCUGAGCAAGCGGAGUUCGGACAACACAAAAUGGCAAACCAAGUGGUUCGCGCUGCUGCAGAAUCUGCUCUUCUACUUCGAGAGCGACUCCAGCUCGAGGCCCUCAGGGCUCUACCUGCUGGAGGGCUGCGUCUGCGACCGCGCGCCCUCCCCCAAGCCUGCGCUCUCGGCCAAGGAGCCACUGGAGAAACAGCAUUAUUUCACGGUUAACUUCAGCCAUGAGAACCAGAAAGCCUUGGAGCUGAGGACAGAAGAUGCGAAGGAUUGUGACGAGUGGGUGGCAGCCAUCGCUCAUGCCAGCUACAGGACCCUGGCCACAGAGCAUGAAGCGCUGAUGCAGAAGUACCUGCACCUGCUGCAGAUCGUGGAGACGGAGAAGACUGUGGCCAAGCAGCUACGGCAGCAGAUCGAGGACGGGGAGAUCGAGAUCGAGAGGCUAAAGGCGGAGAUCGCAUCCCUGCUCAAGGACAAUGAGCGCAUCCAGUCCACCCAGACUGUCACGCCCAAUGACGAAGACAGUGACAUCAAGAAAAUUAAGAAGGUGCAGAGCUUUCUGCGGGGCUGGCUGUGCCGGCGCAAGUGGAAGACCAUCAUCCAGGACUACAUCCGGUCGCCCCACGCAGACAGCAUGCGAAAGAGGAACCAGGUGGUGUUCAGCAUGCUGGAGGCCGAGGCCGAGUACGUGCAGCAGCUGCACAUCCUUGUCAACAACUUCCUGCGCCCGCUGCGCAUGGCUGCCAGCUCCAAGAAGCCUCCCAUCACUCACGAUGAUGUCAGCAGCAUCUUCCUGAACAGCGAGACCAUCAUGUUUUUGCACCAGAUCUUUUACCAAGGCCUGAAGGCUCGCAUCUCCAGCUGGCCCACACUGGUCCUGGCUGACCUGUUCGACAUCCUGCUGCCCAUGCUCAACAUCUACCAGGAGUUCGUCCGCAACCACCAGUACAGCCUGCAGAUCCUGGCCCACUGCAAGCAGAACCGUGACUUCGACAAGCUGCUGAAGCACUACGAGGCCAAGCCCGACUGCGAGGAGAGGACGCUGGAGACUUUCCUCACCUACCCCAUGUUCCAGAUUCCCAGGUACAUCCUAACGCUGCACGAGCUCCUGGCCCACACGCCUCAUGAGCAUGUUGAGCGCAACAGCCUGGACUAUGCCAAGUCAAAACUGGAAGAGCUGUCCAGGAUAAUGCAUGAUGAAGUAAGUGAGACAGAGAACAUCCGGAAAAACCUAGCCAUCGAGCGCAUGAUCAUCGAAGGCUGUGAGAUCCUCCUGGACACCAGCCAGACCUUUGUGAGGCAAGGUUCCCUCAUCCAGGUGCCCAUGUCGGAAAAGGGCAAGAUCACCAGGGGGCGCCUGGGGUCUUUAUCCCUAAAGAAAGAGGGCGAGCGACAGUGCUUCCUGUUUUCUAAGCAUCUGAUUAUCUGUACCAGAGGCUCUGGUGGAAAACUUCACCUGACCAAGAAUGGAGUCAUAUCCCUCAUUGAUUGCACCUUAUUGGAGGACCCAGAAAGCACGGAGGAAGAAGCCAAAGGAUCCAACCAAGACAUAGAGCACUUGGAUUUUAAGAUCGGGGUGGAGCCAAAGGACUCCCCGUCCUUCACAGUCAUCCUCGUGGCCUCAUCCAGACAGGAGAAGGCAGCAUGGACCAGUGACAUCAGCCAGUGUGUGGAUAAUAUCCGGUGCAAUGGGCUCAUGAUGAACGCGUUUGAGGAGAAUUCCAAGGUCACUGUGCCACAGAUGAUCAAGUCUGAUGCCUCCUUAUAUUGUGAUGACGUGGACAUUCGCUUCAGCAAAACCAUGAACUCCUGCAAAGUGCUGCAGAUCCGGUAUGCCAGUGUGGAGCGGCUGCUGGAGAGGCUGACGGACCUGCGCUUCCUGAGCAUCGACUUCCUCAACACCUUCCUGCACUCCUACCGUGUCUUCACCACCGCCGUCGUGGUCCUGGACAAGCUCAUCACCAUCUACAGGAAGCCCAUCAGCGCAAUCCCCGCCAGGUCGUUGGAGCUCUUGUUUGCCAGUGGCCAGAACAACAAGCUUCUGUACGGUGACCCCCCCAAGUCCCCACGUGCCACCCGCAAGUUCUCCUCGCCACCACCCCUGUCCAUCACCAAGACAUCAUCGCCUAGCCGCCGGCGGAAGCUCUCUCUGAACAUCCCCAUCAUCACAGGCGGCAAGGCCCUGGACCUGGCUGCCCUCAGCUGCAAUUCCAAUGGCUAUACCAGCAUGUACUCAGCCAUGUCGCCCUUCAGCAAGGCCACGCUGGACACCAGCAAGCUCUAUGUGUCCAGCAGCUUCUCCAACAAGAUUCCAGAUGAGAGUGAUAUGACUACAGAGAAGCCCGAAGACCCCUCGGCUCUCAGCAAGCAGAGCUCAGAAGUCUCCGUGAGGGAAGAGUCAGAUAAUGAUCAAACCCAGAGUGAUGACGGUGAUACUGAGACAUCACCAACCAAAUCUCCAACAACGCCAAAAUCUGUCAAAAGCAAAAGUUCCUCAGAGUUCCCGCUCUUUUCCUACAAUAAUGGAGUCGUCAUGACCUCCUGUCGCGAGCUAGACAAUAACCGCAGCGCCCUGUCAGCAGCCUCUGCCUUUGCCAUAGCAACCGCGGGUGCCAAUGAGGGCACCCCACACAAGGAGAAGUACCGGAGGAUGUCCUUAGCCAGCGCAGGGUUUCCCCCCGACCAGAGGAACGGAGACAAGGAAUUUGUGAUCCGCAGAGCGGCCACCAAUCGCGUCCUGAACGUGCUCCGCCACUGGGUCUCCAAGCACUCUCAGGACUUCGAGACCAACGAUGAGCUCAAAUGCAAGGUCAUCAGCUUCCUGGAGGAGGUCAUGCAUGACCCGGAGCUCCUGACCCAGGAGCGGAAGGCUGCAGCCAACAUCAUCAGGACUCUGACCCAGGAGGACCCAGGUGACAACCAGAUCACGCUGGAGGAGAUCACGCAGAUGGCCGAAGGCGUGAAGGCCGAGCCCUUUGAAAACCACUCAGCCCUGGAGAUUGCAGAGCAGCUGACCCUGAUGGACCACCUCGUCUUCAAGAAGAUUCCUUAUGAGGAGUUCUUUGGACAAGGCUGGAUGAAACUGGAAAAGAAUGAGAGGACCCCUUACAUCAUGAAAACCACCAAGCAUUUCAAUGACAUCAGUAACUUGAUUGCUUCAGAAAUCAUCCGCAAUGAGGACAUCAAUGCGAGGGUGAGCGCCAUCGAGAAGUGGGUGGCCGUGGCUGACAUAUGCCGCUGCUUACACAACUACAAUGCUGUGCUGGAGAUCACCUCAUCCAUGAACCGAAGCGCAAUCUUCCGGCUGAAAAAGACGUGGCUCAAAGUCUCUAAGCAGACAAAAGCUUUGAUUGAUAAGCUCCAAAAGCUUGUGUCAUCAGAGGGCAGAUUUAAGAAUCUGAGAGAAGCUCUGAAAAAUUGUGACCCACCCUGUGUCCCUUACCUGGGGAUGUACCUCACCGACCUGGCCUUCAUUGAAGAGGGGACACCCAAUUACACGGAGGACGGCCUGGUCAACUUCUCCAAGAUGAGAAUGAUAUCCCAUAUUAUCCGAGAGAUUCGCCAGUUUCAACAAACUGCCUACAAAAUAGAACACCAAGCAAAGGUAACCCAGUAUUUACUGGACCAAUCUUUUGUAAUGGACGAAGAAAGCCUCUACGAGUCUUCUCUCCGAAUAGAACCAAAACUCCCCACCUAAACCUGUACCCAGCCCAGACCCAGCCGCCCCAUGGACACACGCUGUAUGAUAUUGUACAUAUUCAUUGGUUUCUUUGGAUUUUCCUCUUUAGGAUGUGCUUCUCCAAGAAUUCAAAUCUGCUCUUGCUCUUAGACUCCUGUAGAGACGGAAUAUGAAUUUCCGCACCAUUUACGCCUUCACCCCCCAUCCCACCCCUCGUCUCCUGCCGUGCCUGUUUCUUUCAAACAACUGAAUCUUAGUCUGUCCUUCCUAGCCCCUCACUCUCCUCGGAAGGGAAAAUAGAACCUGUGCAUACACGACUCUUAGGCCCCAGUGCCGCUUCUGUCCUUCCCCAGCCCAGGGCCCUGGGUCGAGUUGGCCACCCCAGCAGCCUCCCAGCAUGUUCCAUGUAGUUGUUAUAACUGGGUGGGGAGGGAGGGGGACCAUACCCUGAAGCCCAGUCAUCAACAAGGCUUCCCGCUGAUGGUGAUGCCAAUUUCCAAAGCAGCUUUUUCAGCCAAAAUAGCAGGUCUCAAAACUCCCCAUCUCCCAGUCACCUGGAUGGAAGGGAGUCCUCUCCGCUGAGAACCAUGCCCUGUGACACCAGCACCACCAUCUCGUUCAGGCACUACAUCGCUCCUUGCUCUAGGAAUAACACCAGAUAGCAUGAAUAGCCAUCUCAAUAAAAGUGGACGAGGCCCUGGAACUUCCUGAGGAGAACCGAAUCACAACGCAACGUCGUGUCGAAGUCUGCUGACCGCCGCCCAGCGUUCACUGCAAGUUGGGAACAUAAAAAAUGUCACUUUUCCUCCUUUAGCUUCCUAACGGUCACGACGAGCUUACAUUGAGAUGCUCCUCUAAGUCUGUAUGCCUUGUGAAAAUAGUACCACACGGUAGAAAUAAGAAACCAAUCACCAAGUGUUUUUAUUGCAUAUACUGUAGUCCUGUCUAAAUGCCUUCUAGCAGGAAUAUAGGACUGUAGUGCUUAUUCUGUGAAUAGUACCAUCUAUUUUUUACAUUGUACAGAAUAGAAAACACAGGCUCACUCUGAAGUGGCAGGCAUGCUCCACUACGACAAACAGACAACUUUUGCUGUAAGCAAUACCUAGUGGUAUGAGAAUUCUAUUUCAAGUCCUAAAAUAUUUCAACUUACAGCUUGUUUGGAAAAAAAAAUUUCCAUUUUUGUAAAAAUAUAUGUUUCCUGAUUACCUCUUGCUAAUAAAUCUAUUCUAUCUCAGGGUGAACA